AUGGGUUUAACUGCAGCAGUGAGAGGAUUUGCUGGCAUCCUUCUCUCUGUGUCAGUCAUACAGACUCAGAGUAACGUGGGAGUGACUUACACUUCUGCUCAGAUCUGUGCUGUAAAAGGAUCAACAGGGGAAAUGAGCUGCACCUACACAUACCCACCCAGAAUAAAUAAUCAAAGCACUGAAGUUCAAAAAAGACUCUGGUUUACUGCAUUUAGUAACAACACUCCUGUGGAUCUGAAAUCAGACUCACACUACGCAGGCAGACUGCAGUGUACUUGUUCUGAGAACAGCUGCUCUUUGAUGAUCACAGACUUGAGAGAAAGCGACUCAGCUGAGUACAAGUUCAGAUUCAGAACAAACCAACCUAAUGUGAAAUUUACUGGUUUACCUGGAGUCAACUUGUCUGUCACAGAUCUCCAGGUGCAGGUGAACAAAGUAGAGUUCUACUCAGAUUAUACUUGGGUACAGCUGACAUGUCAAAGCAGUUGUCGGCCUGACGUCUAUGUCUGGAUAAAAAAUGGGCGGGACAUUUUCAGUGAAACAACAUCUUCUUCUCUUUCAUUCUCAUUUUUUCCUGAAGACAGAAUUUCAUGUGCUGUAAAAGGACACGAGAAGUUCCCCUCUCCGUCAGUGUAUGCUCCAAAGCUUCCCUCUGUGUCAGCGAGUCCCUCUGCUGAGAUAGUGGAGGGCAGUUCAGUCACUCUGACCUGUAGCAGUGAUGCUAACCCAGCAGCUAAUUAUGUUUGGUACAAGAAUGUGCAACGAUCUUUGAAAGCUGUCAGUGAAGACGCAGAGCUUGCUUUCAGUGCCGUUCAGUCUUCUGACUCUGGAAAAUAUUUCUGCACAGCUAAAAAUAAACUUGGGGUGAAGUCAGCAUACAACUUUAUUGAUGUGAAAUAUGCUCCAAAGCUUCCCUCUGUGUCAGUGAGUCCCUCUGCUGAGAUAGUGGAGGGAAGUUCAGUGACUCUGACCUGUAGCAGUGAUGCUAACCCAGCAGCUAACUACACCUGGUACAAGGUGAAUCAUUCUAAUCCUCUCAGUGAAGACUCACAUUUCGUCUUCAAUUCCAUUCAACCCUUUGACUCUGGAGAGUAUUACUGUAAAGCUUUAAACACACUUGGGAUGAACAAGUCUGGAUACAACACUAUUAAUGUGACAUAUGCUCCAAAGCUUCCCUCUGUGUCAGUGAGUCCCUCUGCUGAGAUAGUGGAGGGCAGUUCAGUCACUCUGACCUGUAGCAGUGAUGCUAACCCAGCAGCUAAUUACACCUGGUACAAGGAGGAUGAAGACUCACCUAAAGGAUUUGGAGAGAACUUAACCAUCACUGACUUCCGACUCGAACACAGUGGGAGUUAUUAUUGUGUCACCCACAACAGCAGAGGACAUCAGAACUCCACCUCUCAGCUAAUUGUUUUGAAAGAGAAAUUUGUAAUAAUAAUAGGGAAUAUCAUCAGGCUGACUCUGGUGGUCCUGAUCCUGAUUCCUCUGCUUGUUCUAAGUCUGUGGAUGAGACAGAUGACACAGAGGAGCAGGAGGAGCAGGUUUAAAGGCCAAUCAAGUUAG